AUGUCCGAGUGUCUCACGAGCUUCCUGCGCGAGCAGCUCGCCGAACUGCCAGAGGACUUUGUUGUCAAGGUCCUCUCCGCCGUAGUCGCCUGCAGCAUCGCCGGGCUGUUUGUCAAGAUCCUCCUCUUUGGAGAACCCGGACCUAAACGAUACACCGUGCCCCCGCCGAAGCUGCCGGAUCAAGAGCGCAUCGUUGACGAGGCCAACAUUCGGAUACCCGGAUCGACAGCGCUCCAGUGCUACGCGCCCGCCACGGGCCAGUUUCUCGGCCUCAUCAACCCGUCCACCGCCGACGGCAUCGACCGUGCCAUCGAAGCCGCCGCCGCGGCGCAGAAGAAAUGGGCCACGACGACCUUUCGGGAGCGCCGCGCCGUCAUGCGGUCCAUGCUGCAGUACGUGCUGGAUAACCAGGAGGAGCUGUGCCGCAUCGCGUGCCUCGACUCGGGCAAGACCAUGGUGGACGCGCAGCUGGGCGAGAUCCUGGCCCUGCGGCCCUCGAGACGGCCCACCAACCUGCUCAUGACAUACAAGAGGAACGAGGUCGUGUACGAGCCCCUCGGCGUCGUGGCCGCCCUCGUGAGCUGGAACUACCCCUUCCACAACCUCAUCGGCCCCGUCAUCUCCGCCCUCUUUGCCGGCAACGCCAUCGUCGUCAAGGUCUCGGAGCAGACCGCCUGGAGCGCCAGCUUCUUCGCGAGCGUCGCCCGCGGCGCGCUCGUCGCUCACGGCCACGACCCGGCCCUCGUCCAACCCAUUGUGUGCUGGCCCCACGUCGCCGCCUCCGCCGCCGAGGCCCUGAUCCCCGUCGUCGCCGAGCUCGGCGGCAAGGAUCCUUCCAUCAUCCUCGCGUCCGCCGCCAAGGACCUGGACCGCAUCCACAAGAUCCUCCUCCGCGGCACCUUCCAGUCCGCCGGCCAGAACUGCAUCGGCAUCGAGCGCAUCAUCGUCGCCGACUCCCUGUACGACAAGGUCGUCGCCCUCGUCGAGCCCAAGGUCAAGGCCAUCCGCCUCGGCCCCACCGCCGACAUGGGCGCCAUGAUCUCCGACGGCUCCUUCUCCCGCCUCGAGAACCUCGUCGCCUCUGCCGUCAAGGACGGCGCCCGCCUCCUCGCCGGUGGCAAGCGCUACGCCCACCCCGAACACCCCAAGGGCCACUACUUCCAGCCUACCCUCCUCGUCGACGUCACCCCCGACAUGGAGAUCGCCAACGAGGAGUGCUUCGGCCCCAUCAUGGUCAUCAUGCGCGCCCCCGCCCCCGCUCGCUCUGCCUCGCCCGCCGACAUUGCCGACUCUAUCCUCGCCAUCGCCAACGCACCCGAUUUCGGCCUCGGCGCCUCCGUCUUCGGCAAGGAAUCCGACCCCGUCCUGCCCCUCGUCGUCCGCGGCCUGCGCACCGGCGGCGUUGCCGUCAACGACUUUGCCGCCUUCUACGCCGUUCAGCUCCCCUUUGGUGGCGUUGCUGGAUCUGGCUACGGCCGCUUUGCCGGCGAGGAGGGCCUCCGCGGCCUCUGCAACGCCAAGAGCAUCUGCCACGACCGCGCCCAGUGCUGGAGGUUUACAAAGGGUGUCGUGGAUAUGGGUUACGCGCUGGGCGUGGGCGGCAUGGUUGCCGGCGUGUUUACUAUUCUCCAAAACAUGUAG